AUGAACCCGACGGAUCCUCUCGCCUACAAGGACGCGGUCUUCUUCUCGGGCCACAAGUUCGUGGGUGGCCCGGGGUCGCCUGGUGUGUUGGUCGUCAAGAAGAGCUUAAUGAGCAACGAGGUGCCGACGAUGCCGGGUGGUGGCACCGUCCUCUUCGUCACGGAGAAGGCCCACAGCUACCUGUCCAACACCAUUGAGCGUGAAGAGGGAGGCACUCCGGAUAUCCUCGGCAGUAUUCGUCUGGGCUUGGCCUUCCAGCUGAAGCAGCAGAUUGGCCCUGAACGGAUCAUGGGUCUUGAACGGCAGCACGUGGAGCAUGUGCGCAAGUCUCUCGGUCGCAACAAGAACAUCAUUCUGCUCGGCCGGCAGUCGAGCGACGUGGACCAACUGCCGAUCUUCUCAAUGAUGGUCCGCUUCGGCGACCGGUUUCUGCACCACAACUUCGUGUGUGCACUGUUAAACGACACGUUCGGUAUUCAGGCCCGUGGCGGGUGCCAGUGCGCUGGACCCUUCGGCUCUCGCUUGCUCGGCCUCAGCCGCGAGCACAUUGUCGACCUCGGCCACGCGGUCGUCGCCAAGCACGAGAUUCUCAAGCCGGGCGUGACUCGCAUGAGCUUCCCGUACUUCGCGGAAGAGGAAGAGGUCGACUACGUCUUGCAGGCCGUGCACUUCGUAGCCAACCACGGCUGGAAGUUCCUGCCGCAGUACGACUUCAACUGCCGCACAGGAGUGUGGCGCCACAUUUCUCGAGCCGAAGUGGCCUUCCCGGACAAGAAGUUCCUCUCGGCUAUGCAGAUGGACGAGGCUGAAGCUGUGCGCUCGUCGACUGUUGUCGAGCCUAUUCACGACAUGGCCGCGCAUCGCCGACAGAACCUCGAGCAGGCCGCGAAGCUUGCGGAUCGCUCCAUCCAAGAGGCAGCGGCGUCCAAGUUCCACCCGGGCGAGAGGGUUGCCGACAGCUACGAGGGACUGCGCUGGUUCGCGUACCCGAGCGAAGCCAUUGAUGCUUUUGAAGAGCUGGAUGGGAAGCCUGCGCUCUCGGACGAGAUCAGCGGCCCGUGCCAGCCGCAGCGGUACUUUGAUCCGGCCAUCAACCACGUCUGGGAUGGCGUGCCGACGUUGGCCACAAUGAAGCGGCACUGGAUGAAGAUGGCGGCGCGAAUGUUCAUCGCUCGCUAUUGUCUGCCAGGCCAGAGCUCUCCGUUGUUGAUGGAUAUGACUCCCGUGACAGACUCGGAGGAUGAGAGCAGCAGUGAGAGUGAAGACUCGCCCCAGCAGCACCACAAGCACGCGUAA